AUGUUAAUGGAUCAAAAUUUAAUGUCAACUAAAUUCUUUAUGGAAACAAUGAGAAAAGAAGGAUAUUUUAAAGAAGAGAAUAAAGAAGAAAUUUGUAAAAACUAUAAACAAUGGGAAGGAUUAUUAAGAGAAGCAUUAAUAAUUUUGUGGAACACUCCAAUUGAAGAAGUUAUAAAAAGACUAAGAUUCAGAGGAAGACCUGGAGAAGAAAAUAUAAAAUAUUUUCAAACUUUAGCAGAAAUAUAUCAAGAAAAUGCUAUCAAGAUAUAUUUGAAUGUAAAAGUAAUUAUUAAGGAAAUCCUUAUUCCAAAAGAAGAAAUUAAAUGUUUUAUAACUAAUAUUAUUAAUAAAAAGAAAAUAUAUUCCUGA